GCAAACUCCAAAGCACAACGGAAGUGCUCCAGGACGCUAGGGGCAGUGUUGAGUUUUUGUGACCUAGUUGCUACAUAAGCCAGGAAGUUCCUAAUGACCGGAUUUGGUGUGUGGCAGUAAAAGGGUAAGAAUGUUUUGUCCAUAUUGUGGCCAUAACGUGGGAGAAGUUGUCAAGUUCUGUGGUUCAUGUGGCAAACACAUUGAGUUUUUGGCGUUUGUCGACAACGGAUCAAUUCAGGAAAACAUUUCCAUCGAAGACCUCAUUCAGAAAUAUUUCAGAGACGGUUACUCCUAUAAUGAAAUAUUGGACAUUUUGGCCUUAAAACAUAAACAGAAGAUCAGUCUGACCACACUUAAAUGUAAAUUAAGAAGUUUAUCACUGUCCCGCAAAAAACAUUACUCAGCUCAGGCCUUGAUUCGUGCUGCAAUAAUAGAAGAGCUGAAGGGACCUGGUCAACAUUAUGGAUACCGUUCAAUGUGGCAGACACUGCGUCAGAAACACCAUCUUUCUGUGAAAAGGCAUGAUGUCAUGGUGAUGAUGGCAGAGCUCGACCCAUCUGGAGUCCAAAAACGCUCAAGGAGAAAGUUUGUAAGAAGAGUUUACGAUUCACCUGGACCAAACCACACUUGGCAUGUUGAUGGAUAUGACAAAUUAAAGCCAUAUGGUUUGGCUAUCAGUGGUUGUAUUGAUGGCUAUUCGCGGAAGGUAUUAUGGUUGGUUUGUGGAGCAACUAACAGCAACCCAGAAGUCAUAGCUCAACACUACGUGCAGUGUGCUUCAGAGUUUGGAGUCAUACCAGUGCGACUUCGCACAGACUGCGGCACUGAAAAUGGGACGAUGGCAGCAAUGCAAUGUGCCUUACGGUCAUCUCAUCAGGAUUUUUUUGCGGGAGCUGCCAGUCAUAUGUAUGGAUCUUCAACAACAAAUCAAAGAAUUGAAAGCUGGUGGUCGUACUUCAGAAAACAGCGAACACAGUUCUGGAUGGACCUUUUCAGUGACAUGAAGGAAAUGCACCUAUUUAAUGGAAGUCAUGAACACAUGUGCUUGGUGCGCUUCAUUUUCAUGGCUGUGCUUCAGAGGGAUCUGGAGGAAUGCAAAAGAAAGUGGAACACGCACCUGAUCCGUCCAGUUAGCCAGUCACGCUGUCCAUCUGGUAAACCGGAUGUGAUGUAUUACCUGCCUCAUAGGUUUGGUGGACGUGACUGUGGCCUUGCAGUUGGACAUCAAGAGCUGAGCCAGUUCAGGAUGAGUUCAACUCCCAAUUUCUGUGGAGACCCUCACCUACAAGAACAUUUUGAAGGACUAAACAGUGGCUUCAGUUCAUCACAGACUUUGGAAUCUUGUGUGGAGAACUACAUCAGACUAAAAAGACUUGCUGGGUUGUAAUGCCAAGGUUCCCACACAUCCCAGAACUGUGGAGUCCACUUUGUGGUUAUAAUAAUGCACAACCUGCACUUUUGUUAAGCCUAAAAGAAAUUUUUUUUUUCUUGCAGUAGAACAAAAUUAUAGUUCAUCACCUGUACUUUUGUUAUAGUCACUUAAAAAAAUUGCUUUUGUGUUUUUUGAAAUAAGAAAAUCAGUUGUGACAGUGACAUAAAAUCAAUUAUUUCUGCUAACAGAUGAUAUUGUGAAGACU